AUGGAAAACAGAUUGAGACUCUCGCCAGCAACGCAGCUGACUCGAGAUGAACUCCAAGUUCAAGCUCUGGAGCGCAUAGCAUGGAGGAAAAUGGAUAGAUGGGUAUUACCAAUCUGCACGGUGUUUUAUCUUCUCUCUUUCUUGGACCGCAGUAAUGUUGCGAACGCACGGGUUGCUGGCCUUCAGCGUGGCUUGAACAUGUCCAAUACCCAGUACAGCAUAGCACUCACGGUAACAUAUGUACCCUACAUCAUAGCAGAGUUUCCCUCCAACAUACUUCUGAAGCGUGUCGGACCUAACAUUAUGCUGCCGUCAAUGGUGGCCAUCUGGGGCGUUGUGACUACACUUCAGGGCACUGUCACAACAUAUGGAGGCUUGUUGGCCUGUCGAUUCUUCUUGGGUCUGGUAGAAGGUGACGGUUGCACGCUUGUUUCGCUGAGGACUUUUCCCGGUCUAGUACUCUAUCUCUCAUUCUUCUAUCCCCGUGAUAGACUCCAGAUCAGAGUCUCUACGUUUUUUGCGUCUGCUUCCCUAGCGGGGGCGUUCUCCGGUCUUCUUGCUGCUGCCAUUAUUAAAAUGGAUGGUAUUGGUGGAAGACCAGGUUGGGCCUGGAUAUUCAUCUUGGAAGGACUGUUCACGUUUCUAUUAAAGCAAGAUGGCGCAAUUGCUGUGGAUGAAGAGCAUGACGGUUUUGGAUGGAACGAUGUGGUCAAAUCUUUCAAGUCACCCCAUGUGCUCUUGGUUGCUGCUGCCUUUUUCUUCAAUGGCACCACGCUUUAUGGCCUUGCAUAUUUUGAGCCAAGCAUCGUAGCUGGCUUCGGCUAUAGUGGUGCUCGUGCGCAGCUCAUGAGCGUGCCUCCUUUUUGCUGUGACAUACCUGCGAUAUUCCAUCACUCACUAUCACUACCAGUUUCCUUAAUCUCCGCGGUGUUGUCGGAUAGAUAUCACUGUCGCGGAUUGGUGGCUACGAUGUUCUCAUUGCUUUGCUUGAUUGGUCUUGCAAUGUUUUUGGGAUUCAAAUCAAACGACGUACGUUACGGCUCGCUCUUUCUAUCGGUGCCUGGAACGUACUGCGUCGCCCCUGCCUUGUCUACGUGGAUGGCGAACAACAGCGCCCCGUAUGUUCGACGAGCAACGUCGAUUGCAAUUGGCUUCAUCAUGACGAAUUCCGGCGGAAUACUAGCAACUUGGCUGCUUGGAUCGCUGUCUCCAGCCCCAGAUUACCGAAAGGCGACCACGACUUUCGUGAUUAUGUCCGCGCUCAUGGCUAUCUUGUCUGCUUUGAACAUCGUUUAUCUGAGUCGUCAGAAUCGGACUAAGGCUGAGAAGCGGAGGAUAUUCACACUGGAGCAGGACGAGGACCACGCUGGAGAUCGCAGUGCCUGGUUUGAGUACAGCCUUUAA